AAGUCGAUGUCCCCGUACACUAUCCAAUAUGGCCGCAACAAUGGAAGGUGGAAAGAAUAUUUGUGCUGUUCUGAGAGCUAAAGGAGACUUACAGUUGGAAGAAAGAGUCAUUCCCAAGGCUGGGAAGGGAGAGGUGCUCCUAAGAAUGAAAUCAGUUGGUAUCUGUGGGAGUGAUGUUCAUUAUUGGACCGAGGGGAGGAUUGGUGAUUUCAUACUCAAAGAGCCAAUGAUAAUGGGACACGAAGCUAGUGCCGUAGUGGUGGAGACUGGGGAGGGUGUCAGCCAUCUCAAACCAGGUCAGAUAUUAGUAGCAUACAAGCUAGCGUAUUGUGCAAGAUAUUUCUGUAUUGCCUGGGGUAUGUAUGCUUGUGUGUUUGAUUCUGUUUGCACUAUUGCUGUAUGCUCUUGUUGGAGGUGGGGCUCGUUUAUUGACUGCAGCUGCUUGUACAUGUACGUGUAGAGUAUGAUAGUAAGC